ACCGGCGAAGUGAAAAGUUUGCGAAGCAAGUGAAGUAAGUGUGAAAAUGAAGUACAUCAGCAAGCGCCAAAGAAAGCGACAGAAGGGUGUCCAGUUUUCAAACGGGCCUUCGACUGCGAGUAGCAGCGAUGAGAAUAGCUCGGAAUCGGUGAAACCGAACAAGGCUCCGAAGAAGGGCAAAUCAAAAAAUAGCUUGAAGAAUUCAGCCGUUGCUGGUACCAAAAAUCAAGAAAAUUCACCGGCCACCGGUAAUCGUAAUCGCCGUCCCCAGAACCUGCCGGGCCCGAAAAAGUCCAACUCGCAGAGCAGCAUCAACAGUCUGUCGAGCGGAUCAACGAUGACUAGAUAUUCCAACAGCAGCGGAAGAAGCAACUCAAGCGGUGAGCUGAAGGUGGGCUGUCCGCGUGCCUCGAUAUACCAUUUCCAGAAUGCCCAUAGCAUCACACUGGCCAACUUCCUUCUUCCGAAGGUAGUAAAGCACGCUCCGCCCAGGAAAGGCCAUUCACGUACUGCCCGCUGCUCCUCCUCGGCAUGCCGCAUAGUCAGUCCCCCGAUCUCGCCACCCACCCACAUUGACCUUGGCGAGGAUCCGGAUAUGCCGGACACACCGUGGAUCUCCAAUCAAAAACCAGUUUCGCGCACUUCCGUUCUGUGCGGCCAAAUGGAUCUGGGUCCCCUGAUGCAAGCCGAUGGGCAGGAGGAUCUACUGGAUGACGAUGGCUUUCCGCCGCCGUCUUUUUGGUGCAACCCCUACGGGCUGUCCUAUAUCGAUACAGCCGAUUCAGCAGAGUCUCAUGAAGAUAUUUUCGUCAAGCACGAGAUGAAACCCAUCGGUUACGAAAUGCUAAUGCGGGCCAAGCAGAGGGCCCAUCUGGAGAAGAUGUACGACGAGGAGGUGGCCAAGCUUGUCGCGCUGGUGGAGGCUACCAAGUUGCUAUGGGAGAGCAACCAGAGCGGCAUUUCGCUGGGUAAAACCAUUUGGAGUGUGGAUCGUUUCGAGCUCAUACAAUCGCCAUUCAACCGUCGGAAUGUGAUUCCGCCAAAGCAGCAGGAUCCCAUUGGAACCCAUUCGUAUGCCAAUGGAAAUCCCAUCAUGGUCCCGUCGACUGUUGUCUACGUUCCGGGACUUUGGAUUCAGGGUCAGCCAAUGCAGGUUGGCUACUGGCAUCCCUACUGGCCGCCCUACUGGCCAACCUACUGGCCACAGCCGGCAUCGGGCCCAAUCAACAAUGAGAACUGGUGGGACAAUGCCAAUUAUAUUGACGCCAUAGCCAAGAUGGAGAUGUUCCUGGCUAAUCUCUCGCCAACGGAGAUCUACGCAGCCCAAAUGUACGCCCUCCAUGGAGAGGCGUUCUUCGACACGCCAAUGGGCAGAUGCUACAAGGCAAGCCUGCCGACUCCUCCGGCAUUUGGCCAUUAUUACCAGGUCCCGCAGCCGUUCAUCUAUCCAUCGGCUAUCCCUCAGCCGUACUUCUAUCCAUCGGCUAUCCCUCAGCCGUUCUUCUACCCAUACGUUUAUCAAUCGGCUUACCAUCAGCCAUCCGCUUAUACAUCGGCUGCCCACCAGCUGGCCGGGAGAGCUACUAACGCCCAUCCCAAGCAGGUGCGUCAGCCAAUGCCAAAAUCUCGGCCAGGAGAAGAAGGAUCUCGUCCAGGAGGAUCUCGUCCAGGAGGAUCGGGUCAGGCAGAAGCAGAGGGCGCACGUAAGGCAAGUCCUGGUGCUAUGGGUGCAAAUGGAAACAAGCCGUCGAAUUGUGAAAAUGCGUGCUUCAUCUUCAGCGGCUCAGGUGAAAAAGGAUGUUAGUGGAUCGAUGGUGAAAAAGGAUGUUAGUGGAUCAAGUGGGCCAAAUAUUGUCCCCUCCACAACCGACGAUCUCACCUUUAAUAUUUCAAACUUCCCACCGCUUCAAGCGACUUCGAAGAAGAGCCGCAAAAUUUAAA